CAGGAGAACGAUGCCAGCUUCCAGCAGGAAUUGCAGUUGAACGAGCUGCGGAAACGGAUGGCCGGGAUUGCUUCCACGUCCCAGGUCACGGCGAAGUCACCUACCAGAGAUGGCGCAGGGCAACAGGAUCUGCCGCGACCCAGGAUCCAAGUGCAGGCGCCCGAAACCGAAUGUAACCACCGGAACGUCCGUACAGCAGAACGCCGGCGUGGACUCCGUGUCCGAAAAGACUCUGCACAGCCUGAACCUGUCGUGCAACGGCGAACCGGUGUCGCCGCCCGAGAACUUGGCGAACGGCAGCAGCGAGACGUUGCAGAAGUCGCACCUCACCCCCGAUGAGAAGAAGCUGAACGCCAGCAAUGCCCGUCGCAGCAGCCCAGAGCCGGAGCUGACGACGGCGAAGAAGCCCAGCUACUUGGGACUGGCGUGCAGUAUAAGCGGCUACUCGGGCAUCACCAGGUACGACAGUAAGCUGAGGGAAGGAUUUCGCUCGAGGGACAGCAGCCCCGGCACGAGACUGAUCACGAGGGACACGAGUCCCGCAGGUUUCAGAUCCAACGAGAAUCUCAGCGUUCCGACGUCCCAUCCGCCUAAGAGCCAGUCGAUAUCGCCGUUAGCGAUGGAGAGACAAAACGGAUUCACGAACGGCGUGAAGGAGGAGUGCAAGGUCGAGACGUAUAGGGAGAGCAGAAGUACGAUCAGCAUGACGUGCCAAGGUUACUCGGAAGUCGACAAGGGAGUGUCGCUGCACGCGACGUUUCCCGAACUCAGCCCCAUCAGGAUGAGCACUCCCAGCAAACGGAGCCCCGGAUUGUCGCCGAUGAUGUCCUGCGGCCAACAGAACAAGUCCAUGGGCACUGGCUUCUCUCCGAAGCACGGCGUCGUUAAUCUUUCGGGUGCGUCGUUUAGCGAUACUAGUAUUCUAAACGGGUCGUCGGUAGAGGUUGAGAGCCAAGUGAUAAACACUUCGUCGAGCAGCGAGAAAUCCUUUAUUCAACAGCGAGUGGAGCGGCUAUACGGUCCGGGUGCGCUAGCGCAGGGUUUCUUCUUCAAACGCAGCAUCACUAAGCUGAACACCAGCGACAGUAGUUUCAAUAAAUCCAGUAAUAACAAUGACACUUCGACGGACAACGCGAACACGGAGGAAUCGUUGAAAAAUCUGCCUGUCCUGCGACACUUGCGCCCGGAAUUUCGAGCGCAGCUCCCUGUAGUCAGUAGUAGAAAACCGACAGACGGCACGGAACAAGUUAUAAAGCCAUUGCAAAGGGUAACACCGGUGACGCGGAAAACCGAGCAGAAGAGCCCCCCUACGAAUUCACAGAACAACGCGAGAGAGAUGAGAAUUUCGAUUACCAUAGAGGGUGACGUACCGCGCGAAACGAAGGCUAGUAAAAGUAUACCCGAUCAGCAGCCAGCCGCGCCGAAAGUAGUGUUACCUGUGUUAGAACCAAGCGCCAGCUCAACGAACAUAGCGAAGCAGGCUCAAGAGGCGGAAAAAGUGGUCGAGGAGAAGGAUGGUCAUUAUUUUAUGAAGUUGUUGAAGCAAGAGACGGAUAGACUGCUGUCGUUGGCCGCAUCUGCAGAGGCCGAAUUAGCCAGCGGCGAUACUGUUGCACUGCCAGAAGAAGCGGCUGGUAAGCUGCGUUCUGCCGCGGGGAAAGCCAGAUUGCUAGCCUCGCAGAAGAUGCAGCAGUUCGAAGGACUAUGUCAAAAGAAUAUUAAUCAGAUGCCGGGUGAAGAAUUUCCAACGACGAGCGAGGACUUGGCUGGCUUCUGGGACAUGGUGAUGCUACAGGUUGUUCAAGUGAACGAGCUCUUUGACCAGAUAGAGAAACUGAGGAAGUCGCAAUGGCAAGAGAUCGUGCCGGACAAGAAAACCGCGUCGACCUCGCAACAGAACGGUAAACGCCGAGUCAUACCGGUCCACAAGGCGAAACCGACCGCGAACAGCGAGGCGAACAAAAAGGCGCGCGAGGCGAGGGAGCAGGCGCGACGACAGAUGAUUGAGGAACGGAGACGAGCGAUGCGCUCCAACGGGCAAAACCCCGACAAUUCCGUCGAGAUCUACGCUCCCGAAACGUAACGAUAGACUGUACGUCAAGUCCCGGGUUUGACCGAGCGACACGAUCGCUCGACGUUGCGGCUCGUAAGCGAAUAUUAUAGCGUGUACAGACGCGUCAGUUCGAACGCGAGAGGGAAGAGGUAGAACGCCCGCGAGCUCGUAAUUGCGAGACGAUAACGCAAUCAGCUUCGGCAAAAAAAAAUCAAAUUCGCUUGUUAUAAUUAUUCAUUCAAGAUAUUAUCAUUCGCCGUGCGUGCGCUCGCGUGAAUUGCACGCGAGUUGUGCGCGGCGAGGUACAGGAAGAAAGUAUUAAGCAGAUAGAUCGUGUAAUAUGUGUUGAAAAGUUGCUGAAAAUUUAAUACUACUACAAGUAAGAGAGAGGAUAUACACACGAGUUAAACGAAGGGCAGGUGUUUACGUAUUGCAGGAGUUUCUCAUCUUUUUUUUUUUAUCGAGCUUCGACGUGUCACGCAUCAUCCCGAGCAUUCUAGCGCAAUAACGCGAUACGCCGACGUUGUGUCGCCUCUUGUCUAUAGAAAUAUUUUAUAAACGAAAGGUGUGAAAUGUUUACUGUAGCAUUUUAUCAAAUUGUUUUUCUACGUUUCGUGUCUCCGGACGGACAUUAUUAACUUAUAUUUAUAUAAGUAGCGAUAAGUUGCGUGGGGCAGAAAUUAGAAAUUGGCGAUAAAAGAAGGUGGUCCCGCAAAAAUCCUCACACAGUGGAAAAAUCAGUCGCGUUUUAAAAAUCAAGAGAGAUACGUCUAGGUUAAGGAUAAAGUAAUAAGAAUUUUGUAACAUAAUGAUUUGAUAUACAUAUAUAUAUAUAUAACAAUUUCUGACGAAAAUGAAUUAUUUGCUAAUUUAUUUAGGAUAGAUUCCGUUUUUUGAUAAUUCGCAAUCUCCUUAACCUAGACCAGGCAGUUUAUUACGUAGCUUAUUGUAUGUAAAUAGAAUUAAUGAAUAUUCACACACUUGCACAAGGCCGACUCUACGCCAAGUGUUCGCCUAAUAGCUUUUUUUUCUAUCAGACGUCGAUAAAGUUUCCCCUCCCCCCCUAGUUGAGAGAGGUAUAUACCGUCAACAGCAGGAGUAAAAAGAUUCCUAUUAUUCUUAUUAUCGUAUAUAUUGCGCGUCUCACGGCGAUAAAUAUUAUCUUAUUAUUAUUGUUCUAAUUACGAUCAUGUGCAGUUACACCCUCCCGCGUCUCUCGCGCGAAACGUGGACGUGUAAAUUAUUUAUUUCCCGGUUUCUCUUCGGAAACGCUCCCGGCAAACACGACGUCUCCAGGUUUCGCGCGCGAGACUCCGGCGCGCCAGGAGCACUCGAUAGCUGACAUACUUUUUGACUACUUGACUACUAAGAUGAUUGUGUGAAUCAUCGAAUAUUGCACACAAUUCGAAACGUUUGUCGAGAGAAUGUGAGAGAGAGAGAGAGAGAAAGAGAGAGUGAUAUAUCGGAUGCGAAUGCGUGGCAAAUGCUGAUAAUCCUGAAUAUCCUCAUUAUCUUGACGGAUCUCCGCGAUGAGAAUCCGCCUGUGAUCGACGUACGUGUCACAUCCGCCGAAUUUGACAUUCCUGCGACAAGAGUAUCUCUCGUCACGACACGUCACACUAUAUUUUUUUUUCCGUUCGUUCGCGUAGUUGUACGAUAGCGUUACUCCUCGGCGUCCGAUCAAUGGUCAGCGGUUCUAACGGCAGGUCAUCAACCAAAUAACACUCAUACUCAUAAGCAAAACAAUCGCACGCGCGUCGUCACACACGAACUGUAUAAUUCGCGAUUCCGUUAUAACGUUUACAUUUCUUAUUAUAUAUAAUUGCCAAUUACACUCGUCUCAUUCGAAAUUUUCAUACAAACUUACCCGGAUAAUUUAUUAAUUGUUGAUUCCCUUGGUGCCUUCAUUAUUUAUAUAUGUGUGUACAUAAAUCGAUUGACGGCCGAUAAUUUCAUGUACAUGUACCUAUUUAAGUUAUAUGCAUUCGACCGAAUUUCACGAGAAAUUUGUUGAGAAUAAAAUGAAUAAAAUUCCAUUAUUUAUCAAAA